UGUUGCCACUACUAGCACCGUGUCUGCAUCAAGUUUACUACAGAUAGCCAUUGUACGACCAGAAGUUCAAUGACAUUGCCUUCAAAAUAAGUGAAUAGUCGUUGCUCCAGAACAUGACCGAAAGGCGUGCUCGUGGCGGUAGCUUUAAUUUGAAACUGCGAAGGGAAAGUAUUUUCUUUUAUUCGCGUGUCUUGAUGCUUCGGCGGGCAACGUUAGAACCGAUGGUCUACAGCGGCAUAGUUGCUGAACGUUAAAUGAGAGCCACUUCUACAAAAAGGUCUUUUACCACAUAUGACAAAGGUGUGAUUUGCUUGGUUUUUACACUGAAAAAAGAUGUUUGGCUUCCACAAGCCGAAGAUGUACCGCAGCAUAGAUGGCUGCUGCAUCUGCAGAGCCAAAUCAUCCAGCUCCCGCUUCACUGACAGCAAGCGCUACGAGACAGACUUCAAGAGCUGCUUUGGGUUGUGUGAGGUGCGUUGUGGGGACAUUUGUAACGCUUGUGUCCUACUAGUCAAGAGAUGGAAAAAACUUCCAGCUGGAUCAAAGAAGAACUGGAAUCAUGUGGUUGAUGCAAAAGCUGGGUCGAACAUGAAGGCCACGCUGAGAACGAAGAAGAUGAAGAAGAAGCUUAAGCCAAGUGAGAUUAAUCGGGUACAGAGCAAGCUGAAGAGAAACAACUCAGACGCCCACAGCACCACCUCCAGUGCCUCGCCUGCUCAAUCCCCCAGCUACAGCAACCAAUCAGAUGAGGGCUCGGACACAGAGCUUUCACCUGGGACCAUCCCUUCCCCAGCCUUUUCCUUCUUGGACCUCAAAUACUGGAAAAGGCAGAAGGUCUGCUGUGGGAUCGUGUACAAAGGACGCUACGGAGAAGUCAUCAUCGAUCCCCACCUGUAUAAGCCCUGCUGUCAGAGAAAACCAAAACUGCACCAGCAACAGGAAGAAGAUGGGCAGAUGGAAGAGGAGGAGGAAGUGCAGGCAGCAGGAAAAAAUGCUGUGAGAAUGUCACCAUCCCCCAUACUCAAACAAAAAGAAGAGGUGCAGGAGAAAGAGGAGCUGCGUGAGGGAGCAUUGUGAAGGCAGUACCAGACUGAUAUAGUCUUUCUCAAUGAACAGACAAACCGUUCGAAACACUGAUGUAUGACACUCCACCAAACAUACAGUAACACAAAUGGUCUAAACCAAACCUCAGUUUUUCCAUCUUUUGCAGUCUACUCCAACCCUUCCAAACAUACUUUAUAUCUUUGAUAACCACCUGGACUGGAUCCUCAGAUUGUUUCAGUUUUCAGUGUCUUGGCUUGCUAUGAGACUCAGUGUUUUUUUUAAAUACUUUAUUUUGCUCUCUGUCUGUAAUGCUGGAUUGAUGAAUGCUGCAUGGAAACCGGGAGACCUCUGGAAUUCACACUUUACUCAUAGGAGGGAGCCAUGAAUUGGAAAGCAGCCUUGUGCUCCAUGCCUUUCCUCUUGUUGACUCAUCAAGCUUGUUCUCAAAUGUUGCUUUAAUUAUUUUUUAUACUUCAUUCUCUAAAAUAGGAACUGAUAUUGUCUAUUCACAAUCCAUACAUUUCUGGUUUUAUGUAAAGCAGAGUACAUACAUUACCAAUAUGUUGUGGUGGCAGUGUCUUGGCUUUGGGUUUUAGAAGCCAGUAACAAUAACCAGUAUCUUCACACCCAUGUUGACCCAUACCAAUAUGCAUUAGGAGAAGUACAGUAAUUGCACAGGUAUAAAGCAGAUAGAUAGCCUGAUCAGACCAGAAAUGGCCACAGCAAAAUUAUUUCAUACAUCUUUGUGAAAAAAUGUGCGGGAAGCUUAGUGAUUUUGCAAGCCACUGUUGAUGGAGAGCUAACUGGUAACAUGCUAGCACUAGUCAGUCACAAUACCCCAUUAUUCAAUUUUCAAAAAAGUAAGUUUGAACAAAUGAGGACUAACCAUAUAAUUUGUUCAAAAGUAAUUUAGACACAACCCGGGCAGUCCAAUACUAAAAGAUGACAACAAUAAUAGCUUAGCUUACUGAGCAACAGGGUAAACAAUGGAUCCGACGUACAGUGCAUUUUAAGAACACCUUCCAUAGGAGUGCAUGGCUGGUUGGACUGUAUACACUAUGGAUUUUGAAUUUGAACAUUUAAUAUUUUCCAACAUUUGAACAUCAGUUCAUAAAGUGACAACCCUACUGGAUAAUAAGAUAAAAGUAUGUUCAAGAUUCAUACUGUAUUUGUAUCAUCAGCUCCUGUCGCAGUUCUGCAAAUCCUACCUCAUCACUUUUGUGGAUAAGGUAAUAGUCUGGAAGAGGAGAGUUAUAUAAAACUGGAUGGUGCAACACAGUUAAUGUGAUAGUUUGCCCCCAAUUUGGAGUCCUAGGGACUCCAUUCCCUCAAAGGUCAGCACUAAAACAGUUGAUGCAGAAGCUUCAUGUGUAUUUCCAAGAAACUGAUGCAAUAAUUCAAUCUAAAUUACCUGAUUUCAGUCUAAAAAUUUUUCGUUAUCGUUAGUGGUGUGACUGAGCUUCAAGUCUUUCAUAAACACCUGUACUAAGGUAAUUUUUUUAAAACAGUGAAACAGCUAAUUUGAUAGCUAUCAUGUGACACACUCUAGAAAGAACACACAAAUGCCAAUCCCACAUGGCUAAGUAUCAGCAUUAAUGAUGUACUGGAUUAACACAAACAUUUUUAAAGGUAACACUGGUUGAUAGAAGUAGAGUAAUAGUUUGGUGCUUCUUUACCAAAAACUAAUGAAGUUUCCUUUUUGUACAUAGUGCUGAUGUCCUUAUUAAGCCUGUAAAUAAUGAAUCAUUGUUGCUACAAAGGAUAGAUUCAUGGUGUGCAUAGAAAGCACAAACAAAUAUUCAGGGAGGCUUCCAAUUCUCAGCACCAGUCCACAUGCAGCUGUUGUUGUAAUACUGUUAAGUGAACCAUUAUAAGCUAAAUAAACCCUCAGGAAAAUUGUAGCAACAACACAAUGAAACGCAGUGGAGGCACUUCCUGCACUGCUGCCAUUCUUCUGCAGCUUUUCUUGUCAUGGUGGCAGGGGCUCAGUAGCUCUCUCAUAUAAUAGAAGUCCUGUCUUUCUGCAGACCAAAAGGGCUGUGAGGAUUUGUCCUUUUGUUACCUCUGCCAAGGAGGUUAUGUUUUCAUCCGUGUCUGUUUCUUGGUUUGUUUGCCAGCAGGAUUACGCAAAAAGUACCGAACUGCUUUGCACCAAACCUGGGUGAGGGUGAGGCUUGGGCCAGCGAAGAACCAAUUAAAUUUUGGGGCAGCUUUGUGGCAGUUUCCAGAGCUCAUUUUACACAAAGCUAGGAGUUUUUUGCGUGAGCUGUCCACACCAUAUUUUUUGGUUAGAUGUACCUUGUCGAUAAGAUGUUGUACAGUUGAAUAAUAUUUUUGUAUAUAAAGUAAUUAAAUGAAAACAAGCAUCUGUCCAGUUACAGAUUUAAUGUCCUGCGUUUCAAUCAUGUCACGGAAUUUACAUUAAUAAUUACAGAAUAGAAAUUUCAGGUAGAUCCACACCUUAUAGGUGUGUCCAUUCAGAUUUCAGGGAUACACAACACACUGUUUGCAUUUGCUUUGGCUCUCAAAUAUAGGUAUUUUCAAGAUGAUUUUUUUAUUUUUUUUAUUUAUUUUUUUUAUUUAGAACAAUUUGCUGCUGUUUUCUAUUUUCAAUGACACCAGAUAUCAGAAACUUUCGUAUUUCCUUCCAGAAGGUAACAUCACAGACCUUCUGGUAUGUCAGCAGACACAUACUCAUUGUUGGUAACUGCACUGUUAACUGUUAAGUUUUUUACAGCAUCAAACUGUAUUUUCAGUGCUGCCCCUAAAUUAUUUGGUCGUUGAGGACCAGUACAGAUGAUGUACAAUGUAUUUAAUGUAGUCUGUUCAACAAAAUUGCCUGUAGCACUGUAGACGACGGUGGCUUUUGUAAUAGUAUCAGAGCCUUAUUCUCAAUACUGAAUCUUUAUUUAUUGAUUGUCCUUAAAAUAUUUUAAUUUCACUACACUGAAAUUUGGAACCUUUUUGGACACAAAUAAAUUUCAGGAUGCCUGCACAAUGCUGCCAUUUAGACUGAAAACAGUCCAUAUGAUUUUAUUUAAACCCUUUUUUUUUUUUUAAAUCUAAUAUUGCAUUUACCAGUUCUAGAUUAGAGAGAUUCUUGUACUCCUGAUAUUUUAGGUAGGAAUGCCACAUGAAUGCAGAUUUUUUUUUUUUAUCUGUCUUUAAUUAUAUUAGCAUGUGAUGUAGAUCUGCACUUAAUCUAGAAGAUAUUUUUGUAGUCUGUGUCUAUAUGAUUAUUUUGCAGAGAGAGAUGCACUACAGUUCAUUUCUGAAGGCAACAUAUGUAUUUUUAUAUACACUUGUAAUUUGUACUU